CUUCUCCUGUGGGGUUCCCUCCUUUAUGUAGCACUAAUGUCCCUUCCACUGGGGGCAGAGGCACCAAAAAGAAGCCAGUACAUCUGGAAAACAGAUGUAUGGGGUGUAUGUGUGGCCAAUGAUUGCGGUUCGGUCGGGCUUCAGAGUCGCUCUGUGUGGUGUGUCCAUUCUGAAGGCUGGAGCACGCAUCAGUCCAAUUGCUUUCCAUCUGAUCGCCCAGCGCACCAGAGAGUGUGUGUGAAGAUGUGCGAGUGGCAAAAGGAUCUGUUUGAGUGGCGCUCGUCUCCUUGGGGUCCCUGCACCCCGGGUCCUCUCCUCCCAGCCAAUCGAUGUGUGACCGCUCAGCGUGGAGUACAGAGCCGAGAUGUGGUGUGUGUGAAGCGUACCAACGGCACCACGGUGAGCCAGCAUAUGUGUGAAGCGUUUUCAGCAGCGCCGGAGCGAGAACAGGCGUGUUUGUUACCCUGCCCGAUCGACUGCGUCGUCUCCGCCUUCACCCACUGGUCCACCUGCAGUCGUACCUGCGGGUCGGCCCUCCAGCAGCGCACCAGACACGUGCUCGCGGCGCCUCUGUAUGGAGGAGCAGACUGUCCCAGCCUCACCCAGACGCGUCCCUGUAACCACGAGAAAGCCCACCCUGCCCUUUGUCCCUCCGACCAACAGGAAUACAGUUACAGUUUGUGGGUGGGGCCCUGGAGCCCUUGCAGACUUAAAGGGACAGGGCCUGUUGGAAAGACCACAGUGGACUUUGGUUUCGGGCUUGAUGGGAAAAAAACAAUCAAAGCUUCGUACACCAUCAAACGCCACGCUGAGAGUAAUUACCGUCCAAAUCAUUAUGAUGAAAGAGGCCAUAAAGAAUCCUGGGAAAUUAUCAUUGGCUAUCAGACUAGGCAACUGCGCUGUAUGAGGAGCGAUGGGAAGAACGCCAUGCUAAGCCUUUGCGACCACGAUAACAGCCCGGUGAACUUUCGCUCAUGCGUGAUGCCCAGACACUGCAAAGUGUCUGAUUGGUCGUGGAGUCCGUGUUCAAAGACAUGUCGGACGUCUGAUCAAUCGCCUGGCUUCAAAAUCAGGAGCCGCAGCCUGGAAAGAGCAGCCAUUGGUGGAGGAGAGCCAUGCCCCGCCCUGAAGGAAAAAGCUAACUGUAAUGUUUUGGAAGACACUCUGCCACUGUGCCCAAGGUAUGAGUGGAGGGUGACCAACUGGAAACCAUGCCAGGUGACCCCACUGUUGAGUCAGCAGGACCAUCGCCAUAACAACACCAGCAUCCUGUGUGGACGUGGCAUCCGGACCCGAGAGGGAUAUUGUGUCAGAAUCCAUGACAACAAAGUAUCAUCCCAUAUGAAUCGGCCUGUUGGCAGAAACUUGUGCACCGGGCCUUUACCGCUAUUGGCUGAGUCUUGCUUCAUUCCCUGUCAGAAACAUUGUCCCCUCACACCUUGGUCACCCUGGGGACCCUGUCUCCAUGACAACUGUUUGGAACUUCAAGGAGAAGAAGGUUUCAGGGUGAGAACUCGUUCUGUAAUUAAGGAGUCAUGGGCGGAAUCCGACAGUUGCCCUCACGUCAGGGCGAUGACCUGCGAUGACCCCGUCUGCUUCAAGUGGAGAGUGACGUCACAGGGACCCUGUGUUCCUCAAAAUGGGUCGUGUGGCCCAGGAUUCCAAGAACAGAGUCUGGAGUGUUUGUCUGCCACAGGUGAGCCGGUCCCUAAUGACGGGUGUUCAGAAGAUCCUCCUCCGGUCCUGCAGGCAUGUGAGAUGCCCUGUCCUUGGGACUGUGUCCUGGGACACUGGAGCCCCUGGACUUCCUGUUCCCAGUCCUGCUCCAGUAAGCACCAAGAGGGAAAACAAACUCGCUCGCGUCUUAUUCUGGCUCUUCCUGGAAAGUCUGGAAAGCCAUGUCCUCCGGCCCCUGAGCUGGAGCAAUGGAGACCCUGUGGCACACACUCAUGCACAGUAUACUAUUGGGAUACUUCACCUUGGGAUCCCUGUGUGCCAAACACCAUCACAGACGAGAGCGAAGGUAACAGCACAACUCCACAGAUGGAGAAUGAUGCCACCUGCGGAACAGGAGUAGAGAUUCGCCAAGUCACGUGCAGGAGAGCCGGGAACGGACAUGUUCUGCCAAAACGGUGUCCAGAAUCCUCCCGUCCUGACUCGACACGGUCUUGUCCUUUACCUUGCAAAACUGACUGCGUUGUCACACCUUUUAGUGAAUGGAGCGCCUGUACCACUUCCUGUUUAUCAGUAAAUGCUACCGCACCAACCCAGUCCCGUCACAGGAUCAUAAUCCAGAGACCUGCUAAUGGAGGUCAAGAGUGCCCCGAUACUCUUUAUGAGGAGAGAGAAUGCGAUCCACCUCCUCUCUGCCCAACGUACAGAUGGCAGACCCACCGCUGGCAUCAGUGCAUUCUGGUACCUGAUUCGGUGAGGCAGGCUGUGGGUGGGCCCGCAGAGGCAUGUGGUAUUGGCCUAGAGACAAGAGAGGUAACGUGUGUUGGUGCGGACGAUUCUCCAGCAGAUAUGACAGACUGUGUGAGGUGGGCUGGGCUGAUGCCCGUCCCGGUGAGGGAAUGUCGUGUGCCUUGCAGGGAUGAAUGUAGCUUCACGUCCUGGAGCAGAUUCAGCCAGUGUCAAGGCUGUGGAAGUUGGCGCACUCGUUCCCGAUCUCUGAUAGGUCGGAGUAAGAAGCGCUGGAGAUGCCAACAGGAGGAGACGUUUCCUCUGCUGGAGAAAGAAGCCUGUCCUUGUUCUGAAUAUCAAACCAAACCUCAGGGUCCCUGGUCUCCUUGUUUGCUCUCACCAGCAAAGAACAUUGCUGGCCAUCCUUUCAUCCAAGGAGUUUUCCACCAAAGCCAAAAGGCAGUCCAGGGCUGGCGAGCUCAGAGGAAGAACAGCGAGUGUGGGCAUGGAAAGCGUUUCAGAGCUCUUGCCUGUCUGGAUCACAUGGGACGAUUGGUGGAGCCAGCCCUCUGCAGCAGCCCUGGAUUAGAAGAGGAAUCGUGUCAUGUAGCCUGUUCUACAGACUGUAAGCUGAGCGAGUGGUCGAACUGGGCCGACUGCAGCGCCUCUUGUGGUGGAGGCGUAAAGGUUCGCUCUCAGUGGCUGCGAGAGAAGCCUUUCAAUGGAGGUCGACCGUGCCCAAAACUCAAUUACAAAAAUCAGGCUCAGGUGUCUGAGGUACUGCCCUGUUACUCUGACUGCAGUCAGUACGUAUGGGAAGUGAAGUCCUGGUCCAUGUGUGUCCUAAACCCACCAAACAAUCUCACGAAGGCUGUAUGUGGAGAGGGCUUCCGGACGGCCAAAAUCCGCUGCUUGAAAAUGGGAGGAGAAAACCAGUAUGAGGUCGUGGACGACUCGCUGUGCGAGCAAGAGGGACAGCCAAUCACAGUCGAGGCCUGCCUGCUGCCGUGCCCCGCCCACUGCGUGACAUCAGAGUGGAGUCAGUGGACCAAGUGUACCGUGGACUGUAAUGAGGGUGAUUUGAGGUGGAGGAGUAGAAGUGUCUUGAGGUGGCCAGAAGGAGAUCAUACCUGCCCUGAUCUAAACCAAACUCAAGCCUGUAUCAACACGAGCUGUCUCAAAUACUCCUACUCCUACUCAGACUGGAGCAGCUGUCAGCUCAGUGAAAACGCAGUAUGCGGCCUUGGGAUUAAGACCAGACUCCUGAACUGUGUCCGCAGCGACGGGAAGCUGGUGGAACUGAGCAUGUGCAAAGAGUUGGGUCCUUCACGUGGAAAGCUCUCUGCCCCCUGCGAGGUCGGCUGCCCUGUUAAUUGCCUGAUCACAGAGUGGUCCACCUGGUCAGGAUGUUCACACACCUGUGGAAGCCAAAGUCAAAUGACACGAUCCAGGGUAGUUUUGCAGCCCGCGGGUGAAGGAGGUCGUCCCUGUCCGUCUCAGCUGUCCCAGACUCGCCCCUGUCCCAUCAGGCCGUGCUACAGCUGGAUACUGGGGGACUGGAGACCGUGCAGGGUGGAGGGGGCUGACUGUGGCGAGGGAGUAAGUCGGAGGGAAAUAUCCUGUGUAGUGCACUGGGGUUCUCUUUCAGGUCCUCCUCGGCCCGUUCCAGUAGAGGAUAAAAUGUGUGUGGGAAAUUCACAGAGCAAAGUCAGCGAGGUGGAGUUACUGCAGCCCUGCACAAUCCCAUGUCCAGGAGAAUGUCACCUGACCAAAUGGUCACCGUGGAGUUCGUGUCAGCUGCUGUGUUUGGAUGGGAGGAGUUUUGAGACUUGGGGUCGACAGGCUCGUUCUAGAGCCGUAGUCACUCAGGUCCCGGAGAACCAGGACACCUGUCCCAGCCAGAUGUACGAGGCACGGCCGUGCCGAGGAGGAACAUGUCUUAGUUAUGAAUGGAUGACUGGUGAAUGGAGGCAUAACCGUAGACUGGUGUGGUGCCAGCGCUCUGAUGGAGUCAACGUCACAGGAGGCUGCGUUGCUCAGAAGCAGCCCUCUGCCGUACGACAGUGUCACCCUCCCUGCACCAAACCCUUCUCCUUCUGCACACAGAAUGGAGUCUGCGGUUGUGAGAAGGGCUUCACGGAGGUCAUGACCUCCCACGGGUUCCUUGACUACUGCACCAGAACCCCGGGGCUGGACCAUAAGAAGGCAGAUGUGAAGACCACCGCAGGCCGUCUUCGACCAGAGCAAGCCCGGAACAAGCACCCCAUUAAGGACUGGGCGCUACAGCCUCUCGGACCAGACGGCCGUGUCAAGUUAUGGGUGUAUGGGCUGAUGGCGGCCGGGUUUGUCGUGAUCCUCCUCCUCAUCAUCAUGUCCUUCCUCCUGUGUAAAAACCCGGAGGACAGUCCCGGCAGCAGUCCGCAGAAGGCGCUGGCUCUAGCGUACGACGGGGACGUGGACAUGUGAGCCCACCGUGGGUACGCAAUGCUGAAACAUGCUCACAACGCACGUCUGGCAUCUUUCAGAGCGCAACAUAAAUGUUUACGGCAGCGCACGAGCUGAGCACGACAGAUAGCCAGGCCAGAGACGGCGCUGACCGGAUGUUUAAACGACACUAAGACUAAAAGCGAGGCUGUCUGUGGAGGAACUGUUGAGGAGCUGCACAGAGGAAAAUGUCAUGCAGCCAGAACUGAACGCGGCAUACGGUUACCAUAGCUCGAGUGUGUGUGUGUGUGUGUGUGUGUGUGUGUGUGUGUGUGUGUGUGUGUGUGCGUGUGUGUGUGUGUGUUCAUUCAUGAGGGUGCCCAUCAUGAGGAAAUAGUCCUGUUCGUCUUAAAGGAAUCGUUCACUCAUUUUGUUUUUUGUUUUAUUUUUCUUUCAUUUCAAAUCUGUAUGACUUUCUAUCUCCUGUGAACGCAAAAAGAGAAUUUCACUUUAAAAGAGGCAGUUGUAUAAACUACUUUUAUGAUGAUUUUGUGAUGUUUGUUUGUUUGUUUUUAUCCACAUUCAGUGUAAAUGUGUAAAAAAAAGAACAAACAGACCAUCCUUGAAACAUUUAAUUAAAAGUCUUUUAUGUUCUGCAGAAGGAAGAAAGUCAUAUAAUUUUGCAAUCACAUAAGACGGAUAGCAGAAUAGUCUUUUAUUAUUAUUAUUAUUAUUAUUAAUUUAUUUACUUAUUUUUGUGUUACUACGCCUUUAAUGA